ACAAGGGUUUUUUAAAAAACAGAAACACUUUCUCAAGAAGCCCAAAACAGCUUCUAGAGUGGGCAAAAUGAGAAGCACCAAUUUUGAGCUUCUCUACAUCAGUUUCUCGGGGAGCUAUUUUCCCAUUUAAUGAAACUUUUUGUUGGCCAAAAAUAUCCUUAAUAUUUCACAAAAAGACCUCUUAUAUCCCAUUAAAAAAAAAAAACCCCUCUUCUCUUUUCUCCUCUCUCACAAACAUCAGCUCUUUCUCUCUCUUGAAACACAAACCCCUCAACCCUUAAGGCCAAAAAUCAUCACCGAUGACAUGCAAUCUGGUCCUCCUAGACCACCGGCGCCACCAUUUCGUCCACCCAAGAGGACACAACCAAGCAAUAAUAAGGAGAAAGAUAUAAAUCUCAGUGGUUCUCCUCAUCCAAAUCAUCCCAAUAUGUCAGAACAAGAAGUUCUGCCAAUGAGAUUAACGAACAAGUAAAGAGGUCAAAAGCAACUUGGUCUGAUGAAACAACUAAGAUUUUUUGUGAGGUUUGUGCUGAAGAGGUCCAUGCAGGGAAUAGACCACACAUUCAUUUUAGCAAAAUUUGUUGGAAUAAUGUUGUUAUAAAGUUUCAACAAAGGUCCGUUAAAAUGUAUGACCAGAAACAAUUAAAAAACAAGUGGGAGAAAUUAAAAACGAAGUACACUACAUGGAAGAAUCUCAUAGAAAGGAGACAGGGUUAGGAUGGGAUCAUGAGAAAAAUGCAAUUGUUGCAUCCGAUCAGUGGUGGGCACUUAAAGAACAGGCCAGUCCGGGUGUUGCUAAAUUUCGUGAAGCUGGAACCCAAAAUUUAACAGAGUUAGAGAUCAUGUUUGCUAAAAUAAUCGUUUCUGCUACAACUUCAUGGAACCCUUAUUCACAAGAUGAUACUGAAAUAGAAGACUCGUCUACCAUAGGAAACGAAGAAAUAGAAGAUGAGGAGCAAGUGGAUAUUACUAUGGAUGGUAGUAUCAAUGAAACAAUAUCUCAACAACUUGAAAGUGAAAGCAUUGACAAGACCAAAGUCAAUACAACAUCGGAAGAAAGAGGAAAAAAAACACAAAAAGGAAAGAAAUCUAAAGUUAGCACAGCUAAGCUCAUGCAAAAUGAGCUAAAACGUAUUGUUGGUGCGAUAGAGAAUUUUUCUCAAUCUAGUGCUACUAUAACUUCAAAAAGAACUGACCUUCCUCGUUGUAGCAUUGGAGAGUCUCUAACAUUGCUUGCUACAACACCAGGGGUUGAAAUAGGAAGUGAGCUUUAUAUGUUAGGAACUCGUUUAUUUGUGAAACGAGAAUAUAGAGAGAUGUUUGUUGGUAUUCCUGAUGAAAAUAUAACGGAGUGUUUGGCUUGAGAAAGAAUUGGAAAGGGAGAAAAAAAGUCUUCUCAACGUUAUUUUUUUUUUAUUUGUUAUGAAACAUUGUAUUUAUGCUUUUAUUGCUACUCUCUUUAAUUACCGUGUUGUAACAGACUAACUUUCUUAUUUAUGUCAGUUAUUUUGAUUUUCUUAGUA